AUGACAGAAAAUUCUGCAAUACUUACAAGUGGUAUGUGGGCUGGUGAUGAAGAUCCAAAACGUCGUCUAGGAUCUCUUGGACGAUGUAUGCAACGUUUAGAAAUUAAAGUUGCUGAUCGAGAAGGAAAUUCUCUACCUAUUGGACAACAAGGAGAAAUUUGGGCAAGAGGUUAUCCAAUUAUGAUUGGAUAUUAUGGCGAUCCAGAGAAAACAAAAGAAGCAUUAACAUCAUCAGGAUGGCUUCGAACAGGUGAUCAAGCAACUAUGGAUGAAGAUGGUUAUCUUUAUUUUGUUGGACGUCAAAAAGAAAUGAUUAUUCGUGGUGGUAUUAAUAUUUAUCCAAUUGAAGUUGAAAAUGCAAUAACUGAACAUCCAAGUGUUGCUGAAGCACAAGUUUUUUCUAUUCCUGAUGAACGUCAUGGUGAAGAAGUAUGUGCAUGGAUUAAACUAAAAUCAGAUGCACCUUCAUGUCAAACAGAUGAUAUUACAAAAUUUCUUGCUGAUAAAUUAGCAUUUUUUAAAAUUCCAAAACAUAUUCGAUUUGUUGAUAAAUUUAUUAUGACACCAACAGGAAAAGUACAAAAGUUUAAAUUAUCUGAAUCAAUGGUCAAUGAAUUGAAAGAAGCAAAAAAAUAA